AUGUCGUUAGGAAAUGCAGGAAUUGUUUAUGGGACGCGGGGAGAAGUCUUUGAAGGGCAGCGUGACGGGAGUUUAAAGGAUUUCAUUGCGUCUACGUUCAACAUACAUAACGUCUUUCAGACCAAACUAGUGAUGGGCAGAUGUAUUUGUCAUGGGAAAAAGGCGUUGGAAACCGAUAAGUUGCUGGACAACGAAGAGGAAGCCAAUAAGUUUAUCUCAUCCAGGGAUUCAAAGAAGCCCCAUGUCAUCCUCAUAUAUGAUAAGCACGGCGACUCAUCUUCCGUCAAGGAAAGCAACCCCGAGAAGAAUGACAAAGGAAAUGUUGUCAUUUCCCCAGAGCAAUGGGAUGAUUUAGUAUCUUUACUCAAGAAAGUCGAAAUUACGCUGAAGGAAAAAGAGAAAGACCAGCAUCAUGGCGGAGAUGUAGUACACCCCCACGUUAUAUGCGACGGUUGCUAUCCAACUGAGCAAACGGACGCGAGUGAGAUCCGCGGGCCAAGGUUCAAAUGCUUGACUUGUCACAAUUUCGAUCUCUGCUCGUCUUGCGAAAGUAAGGGCUACGAGACUUUUGGACAUAAGAGAAGCCAUAACAUGGUGAAAGUUAACAAACCUACUGAGAAUGAUGUGCUGUCAGCUCCGGUGGGAGCCACUUUGCAAUCAGCAAACAAGGUCUUCAAUACGGAUAAGGAAGUCGUGGUUGACAUUCCCGCUGACAGGAAGGAUCUGUUUGAUAUGUUUUCAAAUCUGGAGAAUCUCGAUGGAGUGGUCCACGGCUACACAAUGUACAAGAAGUGGACGGAAAAGUAUGAUGACGACAAGAUCGACGAGAUUCUAAAGAGUGCUAGUGCUAAACCAGCAGUCAAAGCCAGCCGUUCGAACAAAAAGCGCGCCACGCAGGCGAAGCCGUCCAUCAAGCAGGGAGGAGUGGUCGUGGAAGUGGCGAAGAAAGAUAACGCCAUGAUAUUCCACCUUCGCAACCGAGACAAAGUUGCCGUUCCGGGCGGAUUGACCUUUGUGGGUUCCGCGAUCGAGAACGGGGGUCACGACGACGGCUGCUGGGAGCUGCCCAUGGGACCUCACGAACUGCAACCGGGCAGCCACAAGGUACUCAAGUACAAUUGUCACCCCGGAGUUUUCAACUUCCCGACGUCAGCCAAAAGCAGGAUCACUCUAGUGGAUGAACAGAAAGAUGUCAAGUACGAAGGCUUCACCAAUUUUGAGCCAGGCUCACACUUUAUCCUACACCACUCCGGCGCGAAGCCCCAGCAGGAUCUUGUGCUGAUCAACGACGUGGACACCUUACAACUGCUGGAUAAAGACGAUUCCGACAGCGUCAUCAGCUCGUCGACGGUCACGAAUGACAACGACACCUCGCAAUCCGUCUCAAACCAUGAAAGUUUCGAUUGGGAAGACUACGACUUUCUCAGCGAGAGCGACGUCUGA